AUGACUAAAGUCGAAGCCCCCCAAGGCGCGGACCAGGUUCCCGUCGAUGGCGCACUACAGGUUUCCGAGACCUACCUGAUUAACGAGGGAGCCAAGAACGUUCCGUACUUCACGCCUUUCCAGAACCCUGCCGCCGGCACGGCCAGGGAUGCGCAGCCCGAGGGCACGCUCUUCUCCCCGCUUAAGCUGCGCGGCCUGACCCUGCACAACCGCAUCUUUUUGUCGCCCAUGUGCCAGUACUCGGCCGACGAUGGGCACAUGACCCCCUGGCAUAAGACACAUCUCUCUAGCUUUGCGGUCCGCGGCGCGGGAUUGGUUCUGACCGAGGUGCAGUCUGUGGUGCCUGAAGGUCGGAUCUCGCCGGAGGACCUGGGACUCUGGAGCGACUCGCAUAUCGAGGCCGCGAAAGAGGUGAUUGACUUUGUGCACAGCCAGGGAACCUUUAUUGGUGCACAGAUUGGGCAUGCCGGUCGCAAGGCUAGUACGAUUGCGCCCUGGGUUGACCGCAAGGCGGUUGCCAGCGAAAAGGGUCGCGGAUGGCCCAAGACUGUCUACGGUCCAUCUGCAGAGGCGUACACUAAGGACACGUACGUGCCCAAGGAGAUGACUCUCGAAGAUAUUGAGACAUUCAAAACGAAGUGGGUUGAGGCUGUCAAGCGUGUCGUUAAGGCUGGCUAUGAUACCGUUGAGAUCCACGCUGCCCAUGGUUACCUAAUCAACCAAUUCUUAUCGCCUGCUUCAAACCACAGAACCGACAAGUACGGCGGCAGCUUCGAGAACCGCACCCGCCUUCUUGUGGAGCUGACAGAGUUGACUCGUGCCAAUGUUCCUGAGGAUUAUCCAGUGUUGGUCCGCCUAGCAGCCACCGACUAUCUGGAACAUGACCCUUCAAUCCCCCAAUGGGAGAUUGCCCAAGCUACCAAGCUAGCAAAGAUCCUUGCAGACAAAGGUGCCGACUUCCUUGACAUCUCUGCUGGUGCCAACGAUGCCAGGAUGAAGGUCGAAGCUGGUCCAAAAUACCAGGCAUAUCUGGCCGAAGCGGUAAAGAAGGCUGUUGAGGGCACCAACACCUACGUUGGAUCGGUUGGUGGCAUCACAACCGGAAAAGAAGCCAGCGAAGUUCUUGCUGAUGGACAAGCGGAUGCUGUCCUGGUUGGCAGAGCUUUCCUCAAGAAUCCCAGCUUGGUAUGGACCUGGGCUGACGAGCUGGGCGUUGACAUCUACCUUCCCAGUCAAUACGGAUGGCCCUUUGGAAAUACAAGAACCCACAGGCCUAGCAAGCAUUAA